GCGGUCCUUAGUUACCACGCUGGGCGUCACUAAGGGAUUAAACCAUUGAAACUCUCAGAAUUCCAGGCCAAGCCACUAUCGCGCAGGGAGGGGGAGAGAGGCUGUGAGGGCGCAGGGACGCGGGGGGCCCGGCGAGCUGAUUCCCCCGCCGGGGAGCAGUCGUUGGGUCCGCCGCCCAGUCUCUCUCGCCCUCCUCCGGUUCGGCCUCGCGGUGGUCUCGCCCAGACUCGGCCGUAGUGACAGCGGCCGCAUCAAGGAAAGAUGGCGGCUCCGGCCUCUGUGCCGGUAGCGGCUUCGUGAGUGCCGCACUCGCUCCCCGCCCCGCCCCGCCGGGCGCAGGGACCAUGUCGGACUCGGAGGAGGAGAGUCCGGACCGGCAGAUCAAGCUAGUGGUGUUGGGGGACGGCACCUCCGGCAAGACGUCUUUAGCCACACGUUUUGCCCAGGAAGCUUUUGGGAAACAGUACAAACAGACUGUAGGACUGGACUUCUUUUUGAAAAGAAUAACAUUACCAGGAAAUUUGAAUGUUACUCUUCAAGUGUGGGACAUAGGGGGGCAAACAAUAGGAGGCAAGAUGUUGGAUAAAUAUAUCUAUGGAGCCCAGGGUGUCCUUUUGGUAUAUGACAUCACCAAUUACCAGAGCUUUGAAAAUUUAGAAGACUGGUAUAAUAUGGUAAAGAAAGCAAAUGAAGAAUCAGAAAUUCAGCCACUUGUGGCCUUGGUAGGCAAUAAAAUUGAUUUGGAGCACAUGCGAACAGUGAAAACUGACAAACACCAACGAUUUUGCCAGGAAAAUGGUUUCAGUAGCCAUUUUGUGUCAGCCAAGACAGGCGAUUCUGUCUUCCUGUGUUUUCAGAGAAUUACUGCUGACAUCCUUGGCAUCAAAUUAAACAAAGCAGAAAUGGAACAAUCACAGCAUGUUGUCAGGGCAGAACUAGUGAAGUAUCCUGAAGAAGAUAACCAACACUACAGCACUGCCAACUGUCAGAGUAAAAUCUGUUCAGUGCAAUAGUUCAGGUAUCAUGAGGGUGGUGAAGGCAGAUAUUGUAAACUACAGUCAAGAGCCUGUGGCAAGAACUGUUAACCCUCCUAGAAGCUCAAUGUGUGCAAUUCAGUGAACAUAUUUUUCUUUGUAUUGAUACCGUUGGCAGCCUUUCUUCCCUUGAACAGGCCUAGAGGUUGCCAGGAACUUUGUUUGAACAGUGACCAUCACUGUAGUGCAGUUAGAGGUUUCGAAAACUUGCUACGCCAUUGUGUGUUGAAAAGCAGCAGGCAUUUUGUUUUAUUGGCCUAGAUUCAAACAGUGGACCACACACUUUGAAAAAUUAAGAUAUAUUUCUGAAUUAUAUUCCCAUAAAGCAGUGUAACUGUGUAUACAUAUGCCCUACUAUCUUUUUGAUUGAUGUUGCGGUAAAAUUGGAUUAGAAUUCCUGUAUUCAAAAUAGUUUUAAAGGCAUUACUGCUGUAAGGUAUUUUGCCAAGGCAUUUUGUCUUUUUUUCCUGUGAUCUAAACUGACACUCAGCAAAAUGUAACUUGGAGAAGCUAUUGUCAGAUUAGCAUUUGAACCAGUAAUAUAUUUUAUGUAAGAAUAAUUUGGAAGAUAUUCCAUUGUUAUAUAGUGCAAAAAUGUAUAAACUGUAUCUAAUGAGAAACAGUCCUUGAAAUAAAGCUAUAAUAAGAACAUA